UCUAGAUCGUAAAUAUAUUACUCUGUACUCUAUAUACGAAAAUCAUUAUGCAACGGAAUAAUAGAGUAUACAACUAAUAAUUUUGGAAGAGGGAAUAAACUUUCAAAAUUGAAAUUGAAUCUAAAAUCAAAAGCUUUAGGUAUCCACUAGUCAAUUCAAGCAUUGACCUUGCAAGAAACCCACAAGACUGUUUGGUAAUAAGCUUUAUUCAAAACACUGGAAGCUGACUUCCACUAAUCUGCAGUGAUUCUUCUUCUCCAACUUUUUAACCCAGAAAAAAUAUUCUGGGCAACUCAGAAAAUUUUGUGGGAAUCAACAAUGACAUCUGAAUUUGAGAAAUUGGUGAAUAAUGUUGGAAUUGGAAGGUUAAUUACAAGUUGGUGGAAUGAAAUCAAUGACUCAGUAGGGUGGCAAGAUGCCAUCUUUUUCACUCUUUCUGCUCUUUUUACCCUUAUUUCUUCUGUUGCACUGGUUCAGUUAAUUAGAAUCGAGUUGAGAGUUCCCGAAUAUAGAUGGACUUUACAGAAGGUGUUUCAUCUUAUGAACUUCAUUGUAAAUGGAGUUCGGGCAAUUGUAUUUGGCCUGCACAAGCAAGUAUUUAUUUUGAGUCCUAGGGUUUUAAUGUUGGUGUUACUGGAUCUUCCCGGACUUCUAUUUUUCUCCACAUAUACUCUCCUUGUCCUGUUUUGGGCAGAGAUUGAUCAUCAGGCUAGAUAUCUACCAGCUGAUAAACUGAGGCUUGUUUACAUAUUGCUCAAUGCUGGAAUUUACUUCAUACAGGUUUGCAUCUGGAUUUUUCUCUGGCUGUAUAACAAUGAAAUAGUGGAAACCGUUGGACGGAUCUUUAUUGCAGCUGUCUCACUUGUUGCUGCGAUCAGUUUCUUGUUCUAUGGACGAAGAUUAUUUCUAAUGCUGAGACAGUUCCCAAUUGAAUCGAAAGGGAGAAGUAAGAAACUAUAUGAGGUUGGAUCAGUAGCAGCUGUAUGUUUCACCUGCUUUCUCAUAAGAUGUAUUGUGGUACUCGUGUCUGCAUUUGAUGUGGAUGCCUCCCUCGAUGUAUUGGAUCAUCCAAUCCUGGACUUUUUCUAUUACAUGCUUGUUGAGAUCUUACCUUCGGCACUGGUCCUUUUCAUCUUGCGAAAACUGCCUCCAAAAAGAAUCUCAGGCAUAUAUCACCCAAUCUGUUAGACUCAGGCGCCACAUCUUCAGCCCUGCGGUUGGUGUUUUCCUUUGGGAUGCAAUUCUUCUCAAUUGCAAAGCCCUGCGGUUGGUGUUUUCCUUUGGGAUGCAAUUCUUCUCAAUUGCAAGAGUUAAGACACUGCACAAUAUUAAGCUUCAACAAAUUUUGUCAUAAAGAAUUCCUGGACUAUUGAUUAGUAUGCCCUAUGAAAAUCAUAAUUCGUUUUGAUUAGCAAAUGACAGCUCUUUGCAGCUAAACAAUGGGAAGUUUUUCCCUAAUUUUUGUAGGGUUCUAUGGGAUCGUGUUACAGCUAGAAGGGCAUAUAUGUCAUGGAUGCCUUCUUUGUUGCUUCA